AUGGCAGCGAUGCACGUAUCAGACCGGCCACCUUUCGUCAAGUUUAGCGAAAGCAUCCCGGUGAACGUCAUUGGAAGACAUGGUCGAAUGCGAUCAAUCAAGAAGCCUUUCAAGGCUUGGGCGAAGAAGAUCGCCGAGCUCCGCAGAGAAGCAGAAGAUGGACCGGAAGACUGUAGACCUCUAACCUUCUUCUCUCCCGUCUGUCAGGAGAAUUCACAUUUCACUCUACUCGAGAUCAAUGAUACACAGUUGCCCCUCUUCAAAGCCAUCGUUCUGGUAAUUCAUUUCACACAGGAUAGUGACGUAUAA